AUGCCGCCUGGGCUAACACAGGAGGGAGAGGCAGGGCCAGCCAUGGGGGCACCAGGCUGGGGGGCCACCAAUGGCCUGCUGCUGCUGCUGCUGCUGCUGCUGCUGUGCCGGAGCCCGCCGCGUCUCGGCGGGGCCCUCCCCGUCGGCGGGAAGGCCGUGCUGAUCACGGGCUGCGACAAGGGGUUCGGCCGCGCCCUGGCCACGCACCUGCACGCCCGGGGCUUCGCCGUCUUCGCCGGCUGCCUGCUCGCGGACCAAGGAGGCGAUGGAGCCAGAGAGCUCCGCCACAUGGCUUCGGAGCGCAUGCGCGUCCUUCAGCUCGAUGUGCGUAGUGAGGCAGAGGUGGAGCAGGCGCUCAGGGCUGUGAGCGAUAGCCUCCCUGAUCCAGAACAAGGCCUGUGGGGUGUGGUGAACAAUGCCGGCGUUGCCUCCUUCGGAGACGUGGAGUUCACCAGUCUGGAGAAGUACGAGCGGGUGGCUGCCGUCAACCUGUGGGGAGCCAUCCGAGUCACGAAGGCCUUCCUGCCCCUUGUCCGCAGAGCCAGAGGCCGGGUUGUCAACGUGAGCAGCAUGCUGGGCCGGAUGGCCAGUCCGUCGCGCUCCUCCUACUGCAUCUCCAAGUUCGGGCUGGAGGCCUUCACCGACUGCCUGCGGCAGGAGAUGUACCGCUGGGGUGUCUCCGUGGUUGCCGUCGAGCCCAGCAACUACAUCGCUGCCACGGGGAUCCUGACCCAGGAGGGCAUCGAGGCCGAGGCCGAGCAGAUGUGGCGCACGGCCAGCGAGGCGGCCCGCGUGGACUACGGGGAGGCCCACUUCCAGCGGCAACUCCGGCAGAUGAAGGCGUUCGCGAGCAGCGGCCUGGGGGACGUGGCACCCGUCCUCGAUGCUGUCACGGAGGCCCUCCUGGCCCGGUGGCCCUAUGCCCGCUAUAACCCCAUGGAGGCCCGCUGGUGGCUUCGGCUGCAGGCCAUGACACACCUGCCCACAGCCCUGGCUGACUGGCUGUACAUCAAGUAGCCACAGGCUACAGGGGGGGUGGGCAGAGCUGCCGCCCCUCCCGGGAUGAAGCAGUUUCCAGGAAUUCCUUUGAAUCAGCGCAAACAUGAGUCUGCCCAGCACCCAAAUAGGAGUCACAUACGCCGAGAUUAUCCUAAUCAUCAGAUAGUGGAACUGGGAGGGGCCGAGAAGCCCAGCUCUGCUCCGUGCAGGACUGCAGGCUAAAACAUCCCUGACGGAGGGUGGUCCCACUGCCUCUGGAAUGCCCCCAGUGGGGGAGAGACCACCCCCCCCGGGCCACUGGCUCCCUUCCCAAUCUGCCCGAACAGGAAAUUUUCCCCGAUGCCGAGCCAGAACCUGCCUUCCCGUAACUCUGGGCUGAUCCUGGCCAUCGUCUGUGUGGCAGCCUUUCAAGUGUUUGAAAUGGCUUCCCUAUCCCCUCUCAGUCUUCUCAAGGUUACCACUCCCUCCAUCUCUCCUCACAGGGCAUUGCUUCCAGUCCCUGGGUCGUUCUCGUUGCCCCCUCUGACCCUCUUCCUUGAGGUGUGGCAUCCAGAAAUGGACGCAGGCCUCAGGGUGGGCCUGGCCCGGCCAGUGCUGAACGGAGCGCGCCAGCCCUUCGCGCGGCUGCUCAGGCAGCACAGGAGAAACAACGGCGGCCCCUGUGGCAGCUGCAUCAUGUUGCUGCCCAUGAUCAGCUUGUCAUUUACAAGAAUUCCAAGAGCCUCCUCAUUUGCAGUACUGCUGAGCCAUCUUGUAUCUGUGCAUUUGCUUCCCUUUCCCUAGGGGUGGAAUGUGACAUUUGUCCCAAUUUCAUUUCAUUUCAUUCCGUUGCUUCCAGCCUAGUGCUCAGCCUAUCAAGGUCACUCUGAAUCUUCUGUCUUCCAGGGUAUUAGCUCCCCCACCCAGUUUUGUGUCAUCUGCACAUUUGAUCCGCGUUUCCUGCACCUCUUCAUCCAAGUCAUUUAUGAAACCCUGAAGAGGCCUGGGCCCCGGACUGGGCCCUGCGGUGCCCCUCAUCACCUCUUCCCAGCACCCCCCGGGUCCGAUCCUGUUGCCAGCCAUGCAUCCCCCGAUAGCCGUUCCAUCACGCCUAGUUUUGCUGAUCAGGGUGGCAUGGCACACUUGCUGAAGUGCGGAUCAGUGAUGUUCAGAGCGCUUCCAUAAUUCAUAAAGCAGGUGAUCAGAUUAGUCUGUCGAUACUGGAACACACUGCAAAAAAGCCUUGAAAAAGCCUUGCUGGCUUCUAGUAACCCCUGCGUUGUCUCCAAGGUGCGUCCAGAGAUGAUGGGCCGCGGUUCUGUGAGUUCUUCCCCCAGCGCGUUCAGGAUGCCCCUUACCAGGCCUUGGAGAUUUGAAAUCAUUCGAAGAAAUCAGUUGUUCCUUGACUUUUAUUAAUCUCAAGCUCCAAUCCGAAAUCUUCAAUUUGCACUUCAUUUUUGUCAGGGGUGUCACAGCCUGCUUUUGGGAUAAUUUCUUUGUUCGAUUCCCCCUCCUCUUUACUGUGGACAUGCCUGAAAAAGCUUUGGGGUUGUUUUUCACAUCCCUCCUCGCUAGCCUGCGCUCACCCUCUGCCUCAGCCUCCCUGAGGUCAUUCCUGCAUGUCUCUGCCGCCUGCUGUGCCCUUCCUUUGUUACUCGGCCUCCCUUCCCUUCCUGGACCCCUCCUCUUUUGCCUUUACAGACCGCAACUCAAAGAUUUUUCUAGAGCCACAUUGGUUUCUUCAGUCACUUGCUAUCUUUGCUUUUGUUGGAAUUGUUUGUACUUGUGCCUUUAAAAAUUCCUUUCUAAAAAACUUCUGUCCAUCUUGGACUCCUUGUGUCUUUAGGAUCACUUGCUCUGGGACUUUCAUUGUCCUGAAUGAUUAAAAUCAGCUUUUCCCAAAUG